GUUAGUAGCAGAGCAGCAGACCAACAUGACGACGACGACGACGAUGGACUAUGGCGUCGUGGACCGCUUCUUCUGCAACGUCAUGGAGCUCAUUCCGAGCGCGCAGUACUUCCCGACCGAGCCUGAGGACAACUUCAAGCAGAGCAUGAACAAGAAGUACCACAAGGGCGUCAAGGCCCAGCAGAUUGCGGCGCUCGAGGACGCCGAGGACGAGACCACCAAGCCGGUCGCGAAGCGCCUCAAGUUCAACCCGAAGCUCCAGCUCACGAACCAAGAGACGCAGCUCCACGAAAAGGAGAAGGAGGCUGCCAAGGCCGAGGCCUCGGACGACGAGGGCGAGCUCACGGGCCUCGAUGGUCUGCGCAAGCGCCUCGCGCGCCGCCUCGAGACCAUGCGCGCCAAGCGCCAGACGACCAAGGAGCACAAGGUGACGAAGAAGGACAAGGCGGCGCCGACGCCGGCGGAUGCCGACAAGACGAAGAAGCGCAAGGCGCCGACGGGCAACCAAGACAAGACCGGCCACAAGAAGACCAAGGCUUCGAGCGCGGAGGAAACGGCGGCGGCGCCCGUGCCUGAUGUCUCGGGCGACGGUAUCUCGUACGGCAGCUUGCUUCUCGGCCAGGAGAAGAAGGAGGAGAAGAAGACGCGGAACGGCCGCAGCAUCCACGGGAUCAAGAACCUGUUGAAGAAGGCCGAGACGAACAAGGCGCGCAUGGAGGAGCUCAAGAAGACCGAAGAGGGCCGCGCCGUCGUGCAGGCCAAGGGCUGGGAGAAGGCGCUCAAGCAGGCGUCGGGCGACAAGGUCAUGGACGACCCGAAGCUCCUCCGCAACAAGCUCAAGAAGAAGCUCAAGCAGAAGGAAAAGAGCUCCAAGGAGUGGAAACAGCGCGUCUCAACAGAAAAGAAGGGGAUCAAGGAGCGCGCAAAGACCAAGGCCUCGAACGCGCGUGCGGGCAAGAAGCAGUUGCGCUCCGCGGCCGCCGAAGCCCGCGCCGAGAAGAUCAAGGCGUCCAAGCCCGCCGGCAACCGCGCGGGCUUUGAAGGCAAGAAGGGCGACGCGUUCCUAAACGCCAAGAAAAAGUAGAUAGACAAAGUAGCAUCAUUUUUAAUCGACGGCC